CCUUUACUGCCAGGUUGCAUUCAAUAAGAGCAAUCCUUUAUUAAGACUAAUCACCGAUGCGUGUUUGAAGAUAAAUUACUUUACUUUAAAAAAUGGUAAGCGACAUAAACGACUGUGUUUUAUUCGUAUGUUAUUCAUAAUCUGCAGUCAAUAGCUGCUAGUGAUCAACACCUAAGGUGCAACAUGCACAUCUCGCGUUAUAAAUUGUGAACAUAUGAUUAUUUUAUCACGGCAAGCCAUGACAGAAUUGGACGCCAGGAGAAUUUACAUGGAAGGUUUCUAGUUAUAAUACAACGUUCUUAAACUCAAAUCGGUGUUUAGUUAAGUUAUGUCUUUUCAAAAAAAGGGAUAUUAUCUUUUUCCAACAUGAAUGACUUAAUGCAUUUUAUUAAUAAUAUGUCACGUGCUACAUCAUUAUUGACAUACAAGUUGCUUCUUGUCGUUUGUAUUCUUGGAAUAAUAUUUGGUAAAUCUGCCUCUUCUAACGCUAGGUGCCAGUUGCAAAAUGGCAAAUGCACUUAUAAUAUCAACCUAAAUCAGGUGGGUUCGUGUUCCAAGUCGACGAAAAAUUUGGAAGAAUUUUACUUUAACUCUAAGCCUGAAGAAAUCCGUCUUCCGGCUGAUGAAAAGAUGACUAAAAUGCAAAAGGAUUUUGACGUUGUGAGGUCCGAUCAUGAAAACAGAAUUAAAGAACUUGAAAAUUCUAUACAGAAAGUGUUGAGAAAUGCAAUUUCGUCGGCACCAGUUGAGUACUCAGUAAACCGGGUACGUUUGGAUACAACUUCCCGACAUGUUAACGCGAUUGGAACUAGGUCACCAAAUCAAGAAGGGUCGGGAAAUACUCUACUUCUAAAAUUACAGAAUCAAUUUAACACUUUACGGACAUCGCUAAGUCAAAGGACAGCAGAUUUAUUGGAAGCUAGAAACAAGAUAAACGAAACAACAGAUUUGUUACAAGCUGCACAAAAACAAUCAUUUGAAUCGAAUUCAAAACUAGUUAGUCUAGAAACGAAAUCAGCGGUUCUAGAACGUGAGAGCAGAAUUCUUAAAAAUAAAGUAAAAGACAAAACGGAACGUUUGGAGUAUGCAAACGAGAAAUUAAAUGCAACUGAAACUAAAUUAAUCACUAUUGAAAAUCAAUUAUAUGAUGUUGUGCGGUCUGAAGCAACGUUAAAGGAAGAAUUAGAAACAGUUAAACAUUUGCUUCGAGAAACACAACUGAAGUUACAGGAUUUACAAAAGAAUCAUACGGAAUUACAAGCGAAAUAUAAAAAAGCGAUGGUGACUUUGAAGAUAAGGGAAGAAGAACUUAUGGAAUGUUACACAGCGAAGACUCAGACGUUUUGUGGCUUUGAGGACCCUGACCUUUGUGGCUUCACACAGGAGAAUGUUACUGAUGACUUCGACUGGGAGAGAAUCCAGGGCCGAACUCCCUCUGCAAACACCGGUGCCGACAAUGACCACACUUGUAAAGACAGGAAUGGACACUACAUGUACAUAGAAGCCUCCGGUAAAUCCAAGGGCCAGACAGCAAAGAUGUAUACACCAAAAUAUCGAGGUUUAAACCCGCAGUGUAUCGAGUUUUUCUAUCACAUGCACGGACGAACAACGGGCACGUUCACAGUAUACAGCAAGCUUCUGACCAGUGACGAGUUCCGUGCAGUAUGGCGGGUGUUUGGUAACCAAGGCAACCUCUGGAUAAAAGCAGGUAUCUCUGUUGACGAGGAAACAGCUCGUUCUGGAUACCAGCUUAUCUUCGAGGCUAAGACAGAAACCGGAUAUGAAGGUGAUAUCUCAAUGGACGACUUCCGGAUAAGAGAUGGCCUAUGUGCAUUAGACGCAGCCUCGCUUGAGAUUAAACCGGAACCACUUCCGCAGCAAGAAAGGUCAUAUUUACUCAACGAACAAAUUGAACGUUACAGAAAAAUACUUCGAAGGAGACAAAGGAUGAGAAAUGAAAGAGACCGUUCAUCAGGACAAUAAAUGGCAUCGGCUUCUGUCGGUUCUGUGUAGUCAUUCAUUUACCUCAUAUUGAAGUAUUUCUUCUCAUGCAAAGAUACAAAAGUCACAAGGGAGGUACCGGGUUGGCAUAAAAGUUUUGGUUUAGCAGUAUAACAGUCGUUUGACUAAAACUGCUUUCUCGCUUGAAUAUUUUCAUUUAUGUACAAGGCAAGCGGGUAAUACAAUACAGCUGUAUAUCGUUACUCGACGGCAUCAAUGGUUUAGAUAUAUGUCUUCCGGGGGGAUGGGUUACGUAGUUCGAAUCAUCUAUUUGUACAUAAUACGUAUUAUUGAGUAUUAUUGAGUUUUAGUUUUUACUUCUUCAAAAUGUUGACUUUUAUAGCAUAUCGUAUUGCUUUGACAUUUUAGUAUAUCGUAGAAAAUGUGGAACAGAUGAAGCAAGUAUACCGUAUCGUCGCACUUCUAUCACAUAAUCCAUAGGUCUUGUCAUCUACGGUGCAAAAUGGUACGGUAUGAGACACAAACGUCCUUAUAGAGACGUUUACUAGCACGAUAAAAAAAACCUUUACAAACGGCCAUGACAAGACCAGUGAUGGGUGAACAUUGAUUAAACAUAAUUUGUGUUUUUGAAAGACGUUUUGCAGACGGUUUUCAUUUGCACCAUGAUAUCAAACAGUUAAUCUGAUAGCUGAAGUAUGGUGCCCUAAUGAGCACAUUAUUACAACAAUUACCAGGCGAGACAAGUACACUUGUUACUCCUAAACUGUAAAUAAUUGUUAUACCUACAAAAAAGACUAACUGUAGACACAUUUGGAUUUCGUAUUCAGUUAUAUACGGAAGAGCAUUAGUGACAAGAGAGUUUUAUUUAUCAGCUCGAGUUUUCGAGAUGCUAACUGAACUGUCUUUUUACGGCAAAAUGUUAAUGUCUGUCCGUCUGUCAAAGACUACAAAUGUUACUGGAAAACUUUUAUUGACACUUGGAUUGUUAAAAUCGAAAGCAGUGUACAAAGCCUGUACAUCCACGUGUAGCAUGGUAAUUAGUAAGUCGGAUUUUUUUCACAAUUUCGAGUUACUAUAUCAAAAAUUCGAAUUAGAAACUCGACAUUUUAAUAUAUUUAUCUCGAAAUAGUGUUAUUAUCUCGAAAUUUCGAGUUAAUAAAUAAGAAACUCAUGGCAAAAAUGCUCAAAUGUGAGUAAAUUAACAGUCUUGUAAAAUAUUUUUGUUAAUGUUUUUUAAGAAAUUUGGAAUUUCGUAUAAAAAGGCGGGUGAUUAUUAAAGUAUAGUAAAACCCUCAUAAACUGU